AUGGGCUGCCGCAACAAGACGGCCGUGAGAAGGCUGCUCAUUUUGGUGUUGUCCGCGUUACCGUUCGUCGUUGCGUUUAAGUACAACGCGGACUUGAAGCGUGGAUUUACUACGCUUGAAACUAUUGUCAAACGAGGCGCUGAGCGUCUGUGCGAUGCCAGGGCGGAUGAUAUCCUCAGGCAAUGCAAAAGACCCCUAGUUAGGCUCACCGUUGAUGCGUGGGAGGGUGACCUGCAUACGAAGGUCACGCACGCCAUCGCAGAGCAGACGCAGCUGCCGGUUGACGAAGUGGCGCAGCGCCUGCGCGACGAGAUCAGGAAGGAGGACGACUCCGUCGGUAACUGCAUCGUUACUGGUAACGGGUACAUCAACAUAUUCUUGAAGGACGAGUUCCUGCGGCGGCUGCUAAACUCCAUGCAAUGCAGCGCCCCCAGGAGGCUCAACGUGCCCUGCAUGUCCAGGGAUGCAGUGGUCGUCGACUACUUCGGUCCCAAUGUCGGGAAGGAGCUGCACAUUGGGCACCUGAGGUCGGCUGCAAUAGGAGGUGCCGUUGCCAACAUCUUGGAGUUUUGCGGAGCGAAGGUGUUGCGCCGCAACCACGUGGGAGACUUCGGAUCGCACUCCGGUCAGAUAAUGAGGUACCUAUUAGAGUACGACCCAACGUCUCUGGACGCGUUUUCGCCGUCGCAAGUGGAUGCCGAAAGGCUGAGGGAAAUCACCAGGCAGCAGAUCGGGUACAGCCUGUGGCAGUACAAGAAAAUGAGCACCACGGAGAGGCUGGCGCAGCCCACACCCGCAGUCUCCGCCGGUCUCAUCGCCAACACCGUCGGCGAGAUUUACCAGCGAGCCAGAACGAAGUGCGAAGAGGAUGCGUCAUUCAUGGCGCGCUGCAAGGAGGAGACGGCGCUGCUCCAGCGCGGGAAGGACACGCACCAAGCAGUGUGGCACAACAUCGCCAAAACCUCGAUGCGGAGCCAUCGAGACGUGCUGAAGCUCUUCAACCUGGAGAAGGUGCGCGACAUCCCGGAAAGCCUCUACGCGAAACGGGUGUUUGCCUUGGUGGAGCGGCUCAUCGGCGCCGGCCAUGCCCGGAGAAGGGCCGACGGCAGCGUGACAAUAGUGGCGCGCUGCGCGUCAACUUCAAAUGAGGACGCUGUCGGUGGUGGCGCGGCAGGCCAAGGCGGCACCGACGACGACGAUGCCGUAACCGUCAACAUCCCCGGUAUAUCCAACACCGCCAGAGGCUACGCGUCGGAAUCGCACAACGUUAACGAAGCUUCGCGAACAGCGGCGUCAGACGGAGACUGCACGCCGAUGUAUGAUUCGGAAGGCGUGGACACACCAAACACUGCAAGCAGCAGCGCCGAGGGUCGCGAUGCCGCAGGCGCGGAUGACAGCCUAGCCCGUGAAGAGAACGAGCUCGUUCUCAUCACCAAAGAGGGCUACGCCACCUACCUCGCCGUAGAUUUGACGGCGCUUGAACACAGGCUGCGGGAGAACAAGGCCGACAGGGUCAUUUACGUGACCGACAACGCACAAAAAACACACUUCGAGCAUCUGGCUGUAAUCGCGAAGAGUGUCGGUAUUCUGACGACGCAGAGGGUGGAGCACGUCGGCUUCGGCGCGGUGCAGAACGCCGACGGCAAGAAGAUGCGUUCUCGCACCGGCUCCGGGCCCUCCGUGUUGGAUAUAUGGCAGGACACGGUGGAUAGGUGCACCCGCGAGGUACAGAGGAAAGGGGAGUACCUUGGACCCGCGGGAGAGCACAUGGCGCGCAAGCUCGCGUCCGGAUCCAUACUGUAUGCGGACCUGUCAGCGGCGCAGGAGGCCCGCUACACCUUCUCCGCGGACCGGCUGCUGAAGCAGGGCGGCAACAACCUCAUCAGCAUCCUAUACUCCUUUGUUCGAUGCCGGUCGAUUUUGCGUAAGCUGGCAGAAAUGGGCGUCCGUACGGGGGAAGACGCGGAGGUGAUCGCCGAGGGUGUCCCCUUCGCGAACGAGGCGAGCAGGAAACUCGCGCUGCAGCUGGUCGGUCUCGAGAACGCCAUUUACGCGGCGGCGAGCAUGCGCGAACCGCACAGGCUGUGCAAGUACGUCUGGGCGCUGUCGCGUAAGUUCUCCCACUUCUACCAGCACAACCGUGUGCUGGGGCACGGCGGUAGCGGCGUGAACAUGGAGGCCGUGCAGCUCGUCGACCUGUUCGCCAAGGCGACCCAGCUCGUGCUUGCGCUGCUAAACAUCCAGACUCUGGAGCGCCUCUGA